GUGUCAGAAUCUUUAAAACAGAGCAUGGUGUUGCGUUUAUUCGAACAAAUAUGAAUUGCUCUUCGAGGAAGAAGCUGGACAUUUGGAAGGGGAUAUGAGAGAAGCCUUUUCAGAUUCUGAAGACUGUUUAGGUCACAGCUUGGUGGCUGCUAAAAGAUAUGCUAAGAGAACCAGCUCAACCAGCUCCUGGCCAGAAAAUUUUAAGCCUUCAUUUACCCAAAAGCUUACAUUUAAAUAUGUAUUAGAAGGAGAACCAGUUGUUUUCCAAUGCAAAUUAAUAGCCUGUCCAACACCCAAGAUAACCUGGUUUCACAACAAUAGGCCAAUAUCAACAAGUCUCCGUAGGGUGAUAAAAACUGAAAAUUAUUUACACAAUCAUAGUUCUAGCCUAGAGGUGAAAAAUGUACAAAACAGAGAUUCAGGAAGCUAUAGAUUAUUUGCAAUUAACAGUGAAGGAUCAGCUGAGUCAACAGCAUCAUUACUUGUGGUGCAAAGGGAGCAAGGGGGGAAAUAUUUGGAAUUUUUUAAAAGGGCUGAGAAAACAUGUGAAAGUAUAGAGGGUUUAGCAGAGGGAACAAUAGAAGAUAGGGUGAAGGUUGAUCUUCGAUUCAUUGGCUCUCCUUUUAACAAAAAGCAAGAUGUCGAACACAGGGGCAUAAGGAGGACCAUACAUUUCAAGAAAACCAUCCCUGCUAAGAGAAAAGAUUUCAUGUACAAUGAAGACUAUUUUGAAAGUAAAUCUGAGGUACAGGAAUGGUUUAAUGUAGGUGAGAGUUUUCUGGAUGAGGAGACCAAAAUUAAAUUGCAACGUUUACGGGAAGCUAAAAGAAUUUUAAUGGAAAAAAAGAAACUGCCUUCUUUAGAUACAUCUUCUGAAUUAGGUACAAGAAUUCUGAGAGAUGAAGCAAGUGAUAAAGACAAUGUGUCCUCUAGAGAAAUAAGAAGUAUUCCUAUAUCUUACCUAGAUAGAAAUAAGGAUUAUGUGGAUGAUUCUACUGAGGAAAGUGGUGAAUUUCAGAGUCAUCUGGAUAAAAAUUUAAUGUCUGGAGAGCCUCCUAAAAGUCCCCAAGCCACUUUUGAAGGAACAAUUAAUGAAGAAAUCUUCCAGACCAAUAUUAUGAUACAAGAUGCAUUUCCAAGAGAAAGUUUUCAAGAAGAUUCAAAAAUUUCAGCCAGAACUGAUUCAAUUACAGAUAGUUUUCACAGUAAGGAAACAUUUAUUGAAGAUACCCAACGAGUAGAAGAAUUUGAAGUGUUCAUGAGAGAAAAUAUAACCCAAGAGUCCUCAGGAUGCAUCAGCAUUGGACAUAUGAAUGAAGAAGUAUGUCCAAUAGACCCAAACAAUCCUAUCACAUCUGAUGUUAUUGCAUCAUACACCAGCGAAUCUUUUGCUACUUCUGAAAACACUGAGAAAAUUAUUGAGGUAGACAAGCAGGGAGAUUUGGCCCAAGUAAAGCACCCUGUUUCUAUGAAAAAUGAUGAAUCACAAAUUGAGGUAGAGGAAACAGCAGCUCGAUAUGAAAGUCCUUUCCAGAAACGUUUGCAACGUUGCCCUCCUUCAUUCAUUUAUGAACUUGAAUCUCAAGAAGUAAAUGAAGGAGAUUGUUGCAUGUUUGCUUGUUACUUUCAAGGAUAUCCACAACCCAUAGUGACUUGGUAUAACAAUGAUAUGCCAAUCCCACGUAGACAAGACUAUAUCAUCCAAACUACUGAAGGUCAUUCAAUGCUCACUUUCUCUUCUGUUCUCCCCCAAAAUGAGGGCUCUGUGACAUGUGUGCUAUUUAACCAAUAUGGAACGGUAAAAACUUCAGGCAUGAUUAAAGUGAAGGCCAAACAGAGCUUUGGUGUCAAACCACAUAACACUUGUCAGGUCCCAUCCUUCCAGGAGUACACUGAAGAGGAAGAGGAACUGCCAUUAGCAUUCAACCCAAUGAAAGAAGGAAGCCAAACUUUCUGGCAGGAAGACAAACCAAAUGUUUCCAUUUCAGAAGUUAACCCAUCCAGUUCCACCACUGCAGACUUAGAAUUACUUUCAUUUCCUGUAGAAAUUCAGAUAACAGCUGCUACCCUUACUCCCAAACAAGAAGAAUUCAGAGAAGUCUUCCAACCAGUUGAAUUUGUAGCAUCUCAUGAUCAAGUUACUCAGUCUCCCAAACACAGAUUUGCAUUUUCAUUCAGUGAGUCACCAAAACUACUAGCAGAAAUGCCCAAGCUUAUCAAAUGUAGAGAAGGGGAUUCAGUAACAUUUGAAUGUUUAAUAUCUGGAGAUCCUCAGCCCACUGUAACCUGGUAUCAACAUGGCACAGCCUUGAAACAGAGCCAGAGGUUUGGAUUUGAGGAAGAAGAUGGUAGAUACAGGUUAUGUAUCAAUGAAGUAAGUUCUCAAGAUUCUGGAAGAUAUAUUUGCAUUGCUGAAAACAACUCAGGAAUAGUAGAAAGUGUUUCAGAUCUCAUAGUGGAGCCUGUUAGUCUCAGUUCUUAUAAACAGUUAGAAAAUAUUGGUGAUAUUGAGAUGAAGCAUUUCACAAAUAGACAAGAAAAAAUGCAGGAAGAAAUUGCAAAAGUACAUUUUUAUGACUAUUCAGUUGACUCCCUUACAAGCAAAUCUAAUGUGAAAGAGUAUUCAGUAAAGGAGUAUUUUCAGAGUCUUGAGACUGUUCAGCAGCUACAAGAGAAAGAUAAGGAGCAUUGUGUAUAUUCUAAAGAAAAACCAGCUAGAUUUAUGCGAGGUGUGACAAAAUCUGUAAUAAUCCAUGAGCCACCUCGAGUUGAAAAUGCAAAUUUACAAUGUCAGAGUAAGAGGAAGGACAGAUCUGUAAGUGAACAAACAGAAUCAGAGAAAGGCAAAGCCAGAGCUUAUCCUUUUAAAAUAGAGAAGCAAUUUGAUAAACAAGAGGAAAUACAAAAGGAAAACAUUUAUGAACAUAGAACAGCUGAAUAUUUGUCAAAUAUCCAGCUUGAAAGGACAAUUCAAAGUUAUGUGGAGAAAGAUUCAUCCAUUAUGGUAUCUGAAGAGCCUUGCAAUAGAAAAAGACAUUAUGUAGGUGAAAAAGUGAAGGAAGAAGGACAGGGACAACCCUUGGAAAAAGUAGUCCGUGAAGAGUAUGGUUUUAGAAGUGCCACAAGUGAAGUCUCUGAUGCAUGCUAUGAAGGACCAGCAAGGACUCCGUCUGAAUUAUUAGAGUCAGAGUCAUAUGCUCCCCUGGUUGGUGAAAUAACAGAUGUGCGAACUUAUAUAAAAGAUGAAGUCGAUUCACAUAACUUUGCAAUGAAUUUGAAACUUCUCUCUUCUCAAGCGGGACAGAAUUUUGCAGAGAAAGAGAAGGAACGAGGAAAAGAGAGCUGUUUAGAAGAUCAGUCCCCAGCUUCUGAAAGUGCUGAGCCUGGUAGAUAUAUUAGAUCAGAUCUGAAGCAGUCUCACUCUCAUGUAGAGGAUGUGGAAGAUGGCAGCCAAGAAUUAGAUAAGGUGGAUCCAGAAGUAGUUGAAGACCAGGAAGCUGCCUCUGAAAUAAAUAAACCUGAUUUAGAAAGCAUUGUAUUUGAUCUGAAACAAAUUUAUUCCCAUUUGGGAAAUACAACUAAAGAAUUGGAAGAGCAAGUUUGUGAGCAACAGAAAGAGAUCUACUAUGAGGAUGAAAUUCCUAAUUCUGAAGCAUUAAAAUCAGAUGUCUGUGAUAUAUCAAAAAAUGUGCAAAAUGCAACAUUAUUGACUGAACAAGAAAUUCCAUCUAGUCAGGAAAUUUCCAGUGGGCAUGUGAUUGAGUUGGAAAAAAGAAGUAUUCAUGAAGAUACCUUAUACCUGGAGAAAGAGGGCCCUUAUCUUCAGGUGCAUGAUUUCAGUGUUUUGGAAACAGAUUUUUCGCUCAAGUCUAGGGCUGAAGAAACUCAUCAUGAAACACUUCCCUGGUUCCAAACCUUAGUACCUGAAAUGCCAGAAACUGGAGAUGAAAACUUCAUAGCAGACUUGAAAAAGGCUGCAAGUGAGGGAAGGCAUUUAAUUACAUCUGAAAUUGAAGAAAAAGAAGGGCACAUCUUGGUCCCUGAAUCAACUUCAUUUGAAAAGUUAGAUGUGAGAAUGAAAAAUUAUGAAGGUGUCACUCCUGAAGAACACAAUGAUGAUCGAAAUGAAACAGAUACACACCACAGAAAACCCUCUGUAAGUCAGCGUUUCCCAUUUCUAAUAACUGAAGAACACUUAGAUCAAAAUGAACAAGCAGCAGAAAACCCAGAUGGCUUCAAAGAAGAAAAGUGUUAUGUAGAAAAUCAAACUGAAAAAGAAAUGCCUUCACCCACUAAUGAAACUUUUAAUAUUACACAAAGCAAAACAUGUCUUUCUGAAAACACUUCUAACCUAAAUGAGGCACACAGUACUGAAACAGUGGAAUCAGAGACCUCCCUAGCAAAAUAUUUACUUUCUGCUGGAAAGCAGAAGUUGCCUGAUACCAAAGACAUUGAGGCAGGACUUUUCCAAACUGAGUCAAUCAGUUCAAUGGAAGUCGAAGAUGUGACCUUCAACACUGUCUAUGAAUUUUACAACCAGCAGCAAGAAUCACUGGCUCGUCCCUUUUCUCCUGAAUCAGAGAUGUCAAUUGAAUUCGGAAGCACAAGCAGUGAGGAAAUCUCUGAAUUAGACCAAUUCUAUACACCUCCAUCAUCGGUUGAACACUUUGAAUCUCCUGUUUCACAUGAGUUACAUUUUACUUCUCUGGAUACAACUGAAAAAUAUUCCACACCAGUAGGAGGAGAGAUAGCUGAAAGAUAUUCUACAUCAUCAGAAGGUGAAGUAGCUGAAAGAUAUGCCACACCUUCAGGAGGAGAAAGUGCUGAGAGAUAUUCUACCCCUUCGGGAGGAGAAAGUGCUGAGAGAUAUUCUACUCCUUCAGGAGGAGAAAGUGCUGAGAGAUAUUCCACCCCUUCAGGAGGAGAAAGUGCUGAGAGAUAUUCCACCCCUUCAGGAGGAGAAAGUGCUGAGAGAUUUUCUACUCCUUCAGGAGAAGAAACAAUUGAAAGAUAUUCCACACCCUUAGGAGGACCAAAGCUUAAUUUAAAUAUGAAGAAGUUUCCAUCAAAAAUAGCUAGAGAGGACAGCACACCAAACGAACUCUACCACACACCUACUGGAGAAAGGAGUCCAGCAUCCGAUCUAUGGCGCUCAGAAUCAUUUGGUACACCUAAUGAAGCAGUUGAACCAAAAGAAAAUGAAAUGCCACCAUCAUUUAUCUCACCUCUGACCAAAAGACGGAUCUUUGAAAAUACAACGUUGGGUUUCAUUGUUGAAGUUGAGGGACUCCCAAUUCCUGGUGUGAAAUGGUAUCGAAAUAAAUCAUUACUAGAACCAGAUGAAAGAAUCAAAAUAGAAAGGGUAGGCAAUGUGUGUUCCCUGGAAAUCUGCAACAUUCAAAAAUCAGAUGAGGGAGAAUACAUGUGCCAUGCUGUGAAUAUCAUAGGGGAAGCCAAAAGCUUUGCAAAAGUUGACAUUUUGCCUCCAGACAGAAGAGCGGUGGCCCUACCUCCUCCAGUAAUACAUCAGCAUAUUAUGGAGUUUGAUUUGGAAAAAAGUUCAUCAUCAAGGACACCUUCUCCUCAGGAAAUUGUCCUGGAAGUUGAAUUAGGGGAGAAUGAUGUUAAAGAAUUUGAGAAGCAAGUGAAAAUAGUCACAGUUCCAGAAUUUACUUCUGAUCAUAAAAGCAUGAUUGUAAGUCUUGAUGUUCUCCCUUUAAACUUAGUAGAACCAAACAUGGCCUUUAUGGGAAAUGAAAACAGAGAUUUAAAGAUUGAUUUAGAAGUAUUUGAAAUGCCUCCACGUUUCACGAAGCCUAUUUGUGAUUACAAAAUACCAGAGGACUCAGAAGCUGUAUUCGAAUGUUCAGUAAUAGGCGUUCCAACUCCAGUGAUUAGAUGGUAUAAAGAAUACACAUAUAUUGAACCAGAUGAUGUUAAAUAUGUGGUUACUGAUGAGAAGGGAAAUCAUUCUCUUAAAAUUCUGGGGGUUUGCCUUUCAGACAGUGCCACAUACAGAUGCAGAGCUGUGAAUAACGUAGGUGAAGCUAUUUGCAGGGGCUCUCUCACCAUAGGAAAUUCUGAAAUUGUUGCAACAACAUCAAGAAAAAGCAAAGUAACUGUAAGUAGUUUUAAGGAGAAAUCAGUCCUGAAAAGCAAAUACUCAGACAGAUUUUUUGAGUUUCAUGUGGUAGAAGGACCUCCCAGAUUUGUGAAAGCUAUUUCUGACUGUAGCUCACCUGUAGGUACAGCAGCUUACUUCCAAUGUCUGGUUCGUGGUUCUCCCAAGCCCAUGGUUAACUGGUACAAAGAUGGAAAAUUAGUUCAAGGAAAUAGGUUCAGUUCUGAGGAAAGUGACACAGGUUUCCAUAACCUCUUUAUUACAAGUUUAAUCCCAACUGAUGAAGGCGAAUAUAGGUGUGUAGCUACAAACCAAUUAGGAAUGGCAGAGACCUGUGCCACUUUAACCUUAACUAAAUUUUGUUGAGCAGUCUGGAAACGCUAACCACAAAGCCACCAUCUUUUAGCAUCUGUGUAAUUAUUAUAACAGUCUUAGAUGCUCUCAUACUUUCACCAUCUAUAAUCCUAGAUGUUUCAGGUGUAUCCAUUUGUAAAGUCCAUUUGACAGCAGUACUUGUAAUAACCCUUUUGUGUAAGCUCUGCAUGUAGAAAUCUAUUUUAUUACAUGUAAAUAUUCUGCUUUUUAAAAUGUUGAGCCGACUUUUAUGUAUGUUAGUCUGUGAACAAAUUUAUUAAAUAUCUCUUUGGUAAUCUGGUUGUUUGUACUUCUAAUUUACCUGUACUUUGGAAAUCAAGUACAGUGAAAUGUGGACCUCCAUCUAAAUGCUGCAUUCCUCCUUCAUGAUAAUGUGUCAUUGGAACACAUUCUCUUUUAGCGAGUAAAAGACCUGCAAAUAAACUGUGUGUUCAAAGGAAAAGAGGUGAAAUUAAGAAAGAUGAGCAAGCAUAAAAUCAGUAAAGCUUUAGCAUCACCUCUCUCUUAUCUCUACAUGUGUUAUAACCCAUAUUUGGAAUUGUUCUUUUGAAUUCAUGAUCAUUAUUAACUCUGAAUUGAGGUCGACAGCAACAACAACAAAGGCAAAACCAACUCUGACUAAUUGGUAGCUAAUUCUGUCUCUCCACUCUUUAAAGACAUCAAUUUUUUUUUUCAAAAUCUGAUUGUCCCACAAAUGUCUCCCAAAUGAUUUACUAUUUCAUUCAUCACAAUUCGAAAGAAUUAUCUCAAGUGGUCUUCUAUAUUUGAACAGUAUUAUACCAGCCAUUUGCAGAUAGUAUUCCUAUCUGUAAAUAUGCACCACUCCAAGAUAUGGGUAAUAACAUAUAUUCCAGUCUAUUUACUAAGAGUACAAGACAGUAAGAUUCUUAAAUUUUUCACUGAAUUUCACUUGUAAAAUAACAAGAAAUUGUUAAUGGAAUAUGCUAAGCCUUUAUUAUAGAUUGUACUUCUUUAAAAUGAUUUAACUGAUCAUUUUUAAAUGACCAUCUUUGAAAUAAUUAUAACCUGAAGAAGUCAUUUGAACUUCUAUCUAAACAUAGUCUUACAAACUGUAAUUGUUGAGAAGCUCUGUUUUCUCAUCUAUACAAUGAGAGGGCUGGACUAGAUAAUUUCUAAGGUACCUGCCAACUCUAAGUUUCUAUGCUAUGCAAUGCUAGCAUAAGACAAAAAUGAAUUGAGAAAUAGUUUUAGUUUUGUAGCAUUGAGGAAAUGAAAUGGAAUACAGUAAUGGAAAUAUGAACAAUUAAACCUAAGCAUAAACUAUUGAUUUAUUGUUAUCUGGCUCUGUAACAGUAAGGCUCUUCCAUAAUUAUAUAUUACCUGAAGUAUUUGAACAGUAUCUGGACAGUAUUCAGUAAAUAUAUUUUAUCAGGACAAUUUAAAUUUUAACCUCAAAUAACAUGUAUAUUCAGUAUCUCUUUUUUCUGCAUGGAUCCUCUAUUUCCUUUUUUUAAUAUUUUUUUUACAAUGGACUCUUUCUAUCAUUAAAAAACCCAAACUUUUAAAGUUAAAGUUAUAAGUAAUAGAAGUUAUAAUGAAUAAAAUAACCCAAACUAAGAGGGUCACUGUUUGAGAUUGACAUUCUUAUAAUAUCUUAAAAUUAGCUUCUUUAAAAAAAUAAGAUCCAGUACCUUGUUAAUAAUUAAUGACAUUCACAUAGUGCUUUAAAGUUUACACAUCAGUUUACGUGUGUUCAAUGGUUCAUUAUUUACUGGACCAACAAACCAUUUUGAUUGUGAAGCUAAAUGUUUUCUGAUGUUAGAAAAAGUUCAUUGUAUCAAACCAUCUUAAACUCAACUAUGAGCUUUAAAAAAGAAAGACUUCUUUCAUAUUGGCCAUAAAAUGUUUAAAUAUGGAACACUCCUAACAAUUCAUUUGCGUUUAAUUUACUGACCUUGUUCAUGGUUAACAUGUCAUUUUCUGUUUUGCUAAAUAUUGAAAAAUGAGAAAGAACAACUAAGAUUCUCUGUUUCAACCUAGUGGUAAGUAGGAAGUUUCAUACUGUACAUCCAUAUUCAUUCCCUGUAGAGGUACUUGGGGAAUGUAAUAGGAAAACCUUAGAUAAGUCAUAUAUUCUAAAUCAAAAAUGCCACUAAAAUGGUCAUCAAAAGUAUGUUAAAUUGAAAGGCAUAUUUAGGACUCAUUGAUGAAAAUUAUCAACAAGUGGUUCUAUUCCAUAUGUUGCCUAUGACUUUGGCCAGUUUUCUUAUAUUUAGUAAAUACUAGAAUCUUAUCUUUUAAAGUAAAUAUAUUAUUUUCUGUACCUUCUUAUACCACUAAUGUAGUUCUGCAGAAGGGAAUCAAGCAUAAGGCUGGUCUAUCUUGUAUAUGAUUCAAGAGCAAUUAGCUACUGAAGUAACAAAAGAAUUGUACAGUACAAGAUUGCCUUGUCUCUCAGAAUGGAUGAUGAGGACUAUAUUGAAAAGGGAAUGCAGAAUAAUUAAAUACAAAUAUUCUUUCAUUCAAUAAGGGUACAGUACUUACUCCUAUUCACUAUUUUGUAUUUGUAUUUCAAAUAUUGCUGUAUAGGUUUUCCUCACCCAAUAAAACACUUUUAAAUAGUAA